AUGCAACAAGCUCACCAUGGUCGUUUGCCUCUUGGAGAAUGGAUGUUAUCGGUCCAAUCGAGCCUGCCGCGUCAAACUGGCACAGCAUCAUACAAAGCAGUUACCAAGAAGGUGGUAGCAGAUUUCGUCCGCGACCGUAUUGUUUGUCGGUUCGAAAUUCCCGAGUCAAUCAUCACCGACAAUGGUUCCAAUAUUAACAGCGACCUGAUGAAAACAAUGUGUGAGACUUUCAAGAUCAGACACAAGAACUCUACGGCUUAUAGACCGCAGAUGUAUGGAGCCAUAGAAGCGGCCAACAAAAACAUCAAGAAAAUACUAAGGAAGAUGAUCGAGAGGCGCAAACAAUGGCAUGAGAAGUUGUCAUUCGCCUUAUUAG